AUGGCCGACCGGGAAUAUUAUAACAGGAUGAUUUCGUUUCUUUUCGUUCUUGUGUCUUUAGUUUUAUGUUUAGGACAGGACCUUGAAGAAAAAUGUGCUAAGGAUUUAGAGGGAUGUUAUUGUACCGACAGGUAUAUCGAUUGUUCCGGAGCGGAAUUCACUGAUAUCCGUGAUAUCUAUCCAUACAUUACAAACCAGACGUACCGCAUACACAUUACAGGGGGAAGAAUUUGUUCCAUACCAGAUAAUGUGUUUGAAAUUAGCGGCGUGAGUGGACCUUUGAAUAAUGUUGUGUACCUGAAUCUGUCCGGAAAUAAUAUUGAGACGGUGGGACGAGCGUCAUUUCAACAACUUCCUAAUCUACAAGUCUUAGAUUUGUCCUACAGUGAUAUUUUGGUAAAUUUGUGCGAUCCACAGAAUGACUUUUCGACAUCUCUAGCACCACUGAGGAAUAUUGAGGAACUUUAUCUUAGUCAUGUCUUCAGUAAAGAAGUGUCGGGUUCUUGCGACCCAGGGAACGUUUUCCCACAGACCAGAAUGAGCAAUCUGAAGAAGCUUGACAUGAGUUCAAAUAACUUUAAUCUCAUCGGUACGAAAAUGGACCACUUCUUAUGUGACACAAUCAGUAUCCAAACCUUAAAUCUAUCAAGAAAUGAUUUCGGCAGGUUUCCUGUUUCACAAUGCAUGACAAACGUGGAAGUACUUGAUGUGUCAAGUAAUCUAAUUUCUGUUCUGUCACCCGAGGAAAUGGAUGUCGUUGAAAGUUUGGUAAAUCUGAAGGCUCUCUAUUUAGGCGGCAACCCUUUCCAGUGUGAUUGCUUUUUGGAUAAUGCAUUUCACUGGCUUAAUGUCACAACAGUUCCUCUAGAUUUCGACAAAAUUGUUUGUGGAGGCGAAACGGAUAUAACCCAAAUAAUUGGAAAGCCAAUAAAAAGUCUGAACUAUACGGAUAUUUGUGAGGGGCCUGAAAUUAUUGUAUGUGGUUUUUGGCCGUCUGGAAGAAAGAUAUACUUGAGUAAAACAACCUUCAUUGCGGGACUAUCGGGAGGUGUUGUGUUGAUUAUCUUCGUAAUAACUGUUGUUGUCGUUCUGUGCCGACGACGCCGUCAGCGCCGUAGACAGCAUCAUUCCAUGGCAAACUCGCAGAUAGUUCCAGCUGUCGCGAAAACGACUGCGUAUAGCAGGAUGGUGUAA